AUGAACUAUUUCAAAUUUAAAAAGAAAGCAAUUAUCGAUCGGAUGGUCGGCUUUCAAAUUUUAUUUCUACUGUUCCUUAAUUUAAUGCUAUUUUGUGACGGUGCACUAUUAUAUUCUGGAAUUAUUGAACAUAACAGACAAUUUAAACCUUAUUUUGCUAGAAAUGACUAUUUGACAAUUAAUCAUGAUGUGAAAUCUGAAUUAUCACCACGAUGA